CCAGAGGGUAUGUACCUUUGAGACCGGAUUAUGUGGUUGGAAAGUCUCUACAGAUGCAUCUCGUACAGCAACAUGGAUUAGAUGGCGAGGACCACCUCACCAAACAUCAUCUCAUCUGAACAGCGACCACACCACACAGACAUCUCGUGGACAUUAUCUUUACAUGACGACAUCUCACGCUGCUAUCGAUCAUGUUGCUGUAUUGCAAGGUGUUCCUUUCGUCGUACAAUCAAAAAACAUGAAAAUAUGCAACAUCAGCUUUUGGUGUCACAUCAAGGGAAAUGCAUCACUCAAUUUGAGUUUGAUCACUCCUACCCAAUCGUACACCUCAGUUAUCUAUUCUAAAGGAAUUCCAGUGUAUAAAUCAAUUAUGAAGGAUACAAUGUGGCAUUAUGUUAUUGAAUCGGCUCCAUCAGUGGUGAAUGACACAGUGGGACAUGUUGAGUUUUUUGCAGUGAUGCAUGGUACAAGUGACUCUGUGACUGUUGCUCUUGAUGACAUCACAUAUCUGCCUUGCUCAAGUGACAAUUCUACAACAAAAAUUCCACCAACUGAUCAGUUGGCCUCACAGUCAACAAGCGACACAACAAGUUUUACAACCAACGUGACACCAACUCUGACAUCGAAAUCAAGUUUGCCAACAACUUUUAAGCCAACAUUGAAAUCAACGAGAACUGCCAGUAUUGAUGUAACUGAUGUGAGAACGACAGUGAGGAACACGGAUGUGGCAACAACCACAGAGGAAACCACUACAGAGACGACCAUGGAAACAACAGAUAUGGAGAUGACCAUGGAAACAACAGAUAUGGAGAUUACCAUGGAAACAACGGAUAUGGAGAUCACCAUGGAAACAACAGAUAUGGAGAUUACCAUGGAAACAACGGAUGUAGAGAUUACCAUGGAAACAGUUGGGGUGGAGACAACAAUAGAUCGGAUGAAAGAAGGGCCGUCGAAAGAGAUGCAAUCUGCAGACAAAGCCUUGCCUGUUGCUGCAAUUGGUGGAGCCAUUGGUGGCGGUGUUGUGUUGCUUGCUUUUGUUUGUAUCUUAAUUGUGAUCAAAUGUCACUCUUAUACUAAAGAUGGGUCAACAAUAGCUAGUGCAGAUCAGCAGCAUGCUCGAGGAACUACAUUUGUUAAUCCUGUCUACACAGCAGCAAUUUCAGAUGGAAAAAUGUCAAGUGAUUCUACUUACGCUCAACCUGAUGUCAAGACAGAGUCGUAUGGUUUUGCAUCACCACUCAACGAAAUUACAGACGAUCACACAUAUGCAGAAGUUGACAACACAAACACUGAUAAAAGUCCAAGGAGAGAAAGCGUGAAUAUUCUUUACGAUUCAAGCAAACCACGAAGUUCAAGGAGAGAAAGCGCGAAUGUUCUUUACGAGUCAAGCAAACCACGAGUGGUGAACAGUCAAUCCUCUUUUCGACCAAGAACAACAUCCGAGAAUAUUCUGUAUGGUGUAUAUGAACCUAAAGAUGAAACCAAAUGAGCAAUUCCGGAAAUCUGCCACAAGUUGCAAGUACUCAGUAUUUUUACUUUUUACUGAUUUAGAGAAGUGGGUAGACAUUGUGAUGUGAGUAUAUGCUUAUAUCUAUUGAUGUUACUUUAUUAUAGCA